GCGCAUGCGCGCAACCAAUGAGAGGCGUAGAGGCCCGCGAUCAUCAACCAAGGCCCUACUACGCCGUAACGACGACUCACCCGUAGCGGGGCAGGGAUCACCUGCCGCGGACUCUCGGGCGGGUCUCGCGAUACCCGGAGUGCAACUGUUGGAUGGGAAAGCACAAUGGAAGUUUUGCGGCCAACACUCAUAAGAAUUGGGGGACGAAUUUACAGGAAAACCCAUGUUAGAGAACAAGCCCAUCAACAGGAAGAGGAGGACGACUUCUAUGCAGCUCCUGGAGAUGGUGCAGAUGAACCUUGUGAUGCCUUUGUGGUGGAAGAAACAGGAAGAGGUUACCGAUGUGUUGUGGACAUUCCCAGUCCUCUUUAUAAGUAUAUAAUAGGAAAGAAGGGAGAAACAAAGAAGAAACUAGAAACAGAAACCCGGACCUCUAUCAGUAUACCCAGUCCUGGUGUUGAAGGAGAAAUUGUGAUCACAGGACAACACCGGAAUGGUAUUAUUUCAGCUCGAACACGAAUUGAUGUUCUUGUUGAGACCUUUCGCAAGAAACAGCCCUUCACACACUUUCUGUCAUUUGAACUCAACCAAGCUGCAAUCCAGGAAAAGUUUCUACAGUUCAAGGAAGAAGUGUUAGAGAAGUGUUCAAAUGACAGUGGUGUCAGCAGUAGUUUGUUCCAGAAUCCAGCAAAACUCCAUCUGACUAUUGGGACAUUGGUGCUUUUGAAUGAACAGGAAAUCAAAAAAGCUCAGGAACUCCUACAGAAAUGUAAAGAAGACUUCACUGACACAAUUACUGGAGGCAAACCACUAACUAUAGAAGUAGCAGGUAUAGAGUACAUGAAUGAUGAUCCAGCUAUGAUCGAUGUUCUCUAUGCAAAAGUCUACAUGAAGGAUGGAUCUAAUAAACUCCAGCUAAUAGCAGAUAGAUUGAUGGACCGGUUUGUGACCUCUGGGCUGAUGAUGAAAGAGUGGGAUAGGGUGAAACUCCAUGCUACUGUCAUGAAUACCGUCUUUCGAAAAGAUCCUAGUGCUGAAGAACAAAAUAACAGAACUGCAGGCAAAGCUUUCAAGGAAAGGGAGUCAUUUGAUGGUCGAAAGAUAUUAAAGCUCUUUGAGAACUUCAGAUUUGGUGAAGUGCAGCUGAAUUCAAUCUUCCUCUCUCAGCGAUUCUCCACAGAUAGCUCCGGUUACUAUGCAACAUCUGGGCAAAUUACUUUCUCCUCCAGUGCAGACUCAUCUGCCCCAACAGAUUGUAUAUGAUGACAUCAGAACAGCAUGAAACAAAAGACAAUGAUGAUCUAAAUGGAUCCUGUUCCUGGGACAGAUUCAUUCUCUUCUCUUUAAUCAAGUCUUGGAAUUUUAAAAUGAUCUAAGCCCAAGGGAAAAAAUGUGGUUAUAUUAGCAAAUAAAUUGCUAUAAUUGGUUGGUGUUUUUAUUAAUGUGCAAAUGCUAGAUACAGAAGAAAUUAAUUGUAUUUGCAUUGAAUAGGGUUUAAAUGAGCUGCAGAUUAAAAAGUUCAAAUUUUCCAUUCCA